CUCAGACCGGCCGAGGACUUGUUUAUACCGAAGCCAACCCUAAAGAAGAGUAAAGAGCUUCGACGACGUUGCUUCUUCUUCCUUGUCCCUGCGCCGCCGCGAUCUCUCUUCUUCAACUUCUUCGUCCUGUCGUUUAGUUUCUCCGAAAGAAGAUGCCGAAGGUUAAAACUAACCGAGUCAAGUACCCAGAAGGAUGGGAGUUGAUCGAGCCUACUCUUCGAGAGCUAGAUGCUAAGAUGAGGGAAGCUGAGAUGGAUACUCAUGAUGGCAAGAGAAAGUGUGAAACUUUAUGGCCAAUCUUCAAAGUUUCCCAUCAGAGGAGUCGGUAUGUAUAUGACCUUUAUUACCGAAGGGAAGAAAUUUCUAAAGAGCUGUAUGAGUUUUGCUUGGAUCAAGGCUAUGCGGAUCGUAGCCUGAUUGCGAAGUGGAAAAAGUCAGGAUACGAACGUUUAUGCUGCUUGCGUUGCAUACAGCCAAGAGACCACAACUAUGGAACAACAUGUGUAUGUCGUGUUCCCAAACACUUGCGUGAAGAGAAAGUGGUCGAAUGCGUUCACUGCGGUUGCCAAGGAUGCGCAAGUGGCGAUUAAAUUCUACAGCUUUAUGCACAAUCCCUGACUGUUUGUUACAAUUCUAUCACUUGUUAAAUCUUGAUUAUGUGUACCCAUAUAAAAGGCUAAAACCCUGACUAAAUAAAUCCCCUUGCAAAGCCUCUACCAUAGCCUUUUACACGUAUCAGUUUACUAACGCUGUGCUUUAUUAUUUUCCAUCUUUUUGAAAAUAAA